AUGCACACGCCCGGCUCGCCGCUUCCUCCUUCCAAAUACGCGGCAGACAUCGGCUACCUUGUGGAUGGCACUGAUAUGGCGACAGCCGGCAACCUCUCCGUGCAGGGAGGUGGUGCAGCUGCGGCAGCACCAGCUGCCAUGUCCUCCCCCACGCCGGUUGCCACCAGCUUUGCCGGUUCCUCACCAGCCAAUGGUGUGAAGGUGAGGCAUGCCGGAAACUUCUUAUAUGGGUUCCAGAGAGAUUCUUUUUGCGACUUGGAGUUCAGCAACGACAUUGGCUACCUUCCCGACGGCACUCCCCUGAACAGGGCAGGCAAUGCCAUCAACCAUCCGGAGAACAUUGGCCCUGACAGCCACACUCCAGGAUCUCCCCUGCCUGCGGCCAUCUUCGUCAAUGACAUUGGCUACCUGCCGGAUGGUACCCCACUCAACAGGGCCGGCAACCAAAUCAACCACCCGGAGAACAUUGGCCCGGACAUGCACACACCCGGCUCGCCGCUUCCUCCUUCCACCUACGCGCAGGACGUUGGCUACCUGGUGGAUGGCACUGCCAUGGAGACGGCCGGCAACCUCUCCGUCCAGCACUGA